CCUAAUUAGAUGGACGUGGCCCAGUCAAUAGGGGGACAAUUCCCCAACAUCCCUCCGGCACCCUUUUCCCCUUCCUGUACUUCGUCCCAUUUCUCAGCCAGUCCCAAGGUUCGUCCGUAUAUAAAACUUGACGUAAAUCAAACUAGGAAGCAAAUGAAUGAACAACAACGAUCGAUCCUUCUCCACUCCGCUUCUUGCUUCCCCCUACCACCAGGGGUGAAGCUGUCUUAUGGUACCGCGGGGUUCCGGGCCGAUGCGUCGCUGCUUGAGUCGACGGUGUUCCGAGUAGGGAUAUUGGCGGCAUUGAGGUCUGUACAGACUCGGUCAGUUGUUGGCCUCAUGAUCACGGCCUCCCAUAACCAGGCUUCGGAUAAUGGCGUUAAAGUGGCAGACCCCUCGGGCGGAAUGCUCUCGCAACACUGGGAACCCUUUGCUGACACCCUUUCCAAUGCAGGGGAUCCCAAUACCCUUCUCCAGUUGAUAGAUGAUUUUGCGAAGAAGGAAAAGAUCCCACUUGAAGGAGCCUCUGAGGGAGAGGUACUUUUGGGAAGGGACACUAGGCCCAGUGGUGAAUUUCUUGCUGAGGCUGCGAAACAAGGAAUAACUUCGAUUAUGGGAGUCAAUGCCACUGAUAUGGGAGUCAUGACAACCCCUCAACUGCAUUGGAUGGUUCGUUCUAGAAACAAAGGCAUGGAAGCAUCUGAAAACAAUUACUAUGACCAGCUUUCAACUUCUUUCAGGUGCUUGAUGGAAUAUAUUCCCAAAGGAAACAGAAAUUUCAAUGUGAAUGACAAAGUAAUUGUUGAUGGAGCAGAUGGUGUGGGUGGAGAAAAGCUAGAAAUUUUGAAGAAAUUGUUGAGUGAUUUGAGCAUCGAUGUUCGUAAUCGUGGUGAUGGUGUACUCAAUGAGGGUGUUGGUGCCGACUUUGUGCAAAAGGAAAAGAUUAUUCCACGCAGUUUUGGCCCUGCUGAUGUUGGGUUUAGGUGUGCUAGUUUGGAUGGAGAUGCUGAUCGACUUGUAUAUUUUUCUAUUGAAUUAAAUAGCAACAAAAUUGUCCUUGUCGACGGGGACAAGAUAUUGUCUUUGUUUGCUUUAUUUAUCAAGGAACAAUUAAAUAUUCUCACUGGAGAAGAUGGAAAAGUAAAUGAGUCUUAUCAAGCUCGUCUUGGUGUGGUGCAGACAGCUUAUGCUAAUGGUGCAUCCACUUAUUACCUAAAGCAGUUGGGCCUGGAAGUUGUGUUUACUCCAACAGGAGUCAAAUACCUGCAUGAAAAAGCUUCUGAGUAUGAUAUUGGUAUCUAUUUUGAGGCAAAUGGACAUGGAACGAUCCUGUUUUCAGAAAGUUUCUUGUGCUGGUUAGAGGGUCGAAACAAUGAGCUGACGUCAACGUCAAAAUGUUCAGAACAACAAGAGGCUGCCUUGAGACUAUUAGCUGUCAGUAAGUUAAUCAAUCAGGCUGUGGGAGAUUCAUUUAGUGGGUUGCUUCUAGUGGAGGCUAUCUUAAAACAUAUGGGAUGGUCCAUGUUCAAAUGGAAUGAGCUUUACCACGAUUUACCCAGCAGACAACUUAAGCUGGUGUCUAGUCACAUGAACUGCCUGCCUUGAGGUGAAACCUUUAUCGUUCCAAAUAAGUUUAGUGUUUCCUUUAUAAUCUCCUAGGUAGACUAAAGCUCUUUAUUUGACUAAAUCUUUCCAAUAGCAUUUUCAAGCCACUUUAUCUCUGGGUACAUUGGUGAGUAUAUUGAGGGCCACUGUUGAAUAGUCGUUUUUAAGGUUAGUGUGGAAAGUAAUGCAGGUGCAGCUGAAGAUAAUUUACUGAAGGAAUAUGUCAACAAUGUUUGCACAAUAUAAAUGAGGAGGGGACAGAAAGCUAAAAAGUUGAGAAGUUAAAAGAGUAAAACCAAAGAUGGGCUCGCGCAGACGCGCGUGCACACAAACAGAAAAUAUAAAUGAAACCUGUCAGUUCUAAGCCUUCUAGAAUCUUGUUUUGAAGCAACAAGUGAUGAAGGAACCUUGUUGAAAUUUUAUGGCGGUGAUUGCAAUGUGAUCUUUUAUUGUAAAGUUGAUUAUUGGAUUUGAGAAAUAAAUUGUGAUCUUUAUGAAACAAUAAAUUUUGUUUGAACUUCUCAAUGCUUUAGUAUUAUGAACUUGGCUUAAUAAUAUUGUAAUUUGAAUGUGGUAACAUAUUUCUGAUAGAAAAAAUUGUCUAUUGACUUUCAUAAACCUUGAAAAAACUGUAACUCCAUUUAUUUUGCUUUCUUACAACAUAACCUCCUGGUUAUCACGCUGUUGAGAAGUUAUCUCUUUACAUCACU